AUGCCUCCUGCUGUGACUGUGACAGAUAACGUGACGGAAAAUGAGAAGUUUAAUGCCGAAAUCCGCUAUGGUAAUACCUAUCCUGUGACACGGAGUGGGAAGUAUCUCUGUAUGUUGUAUGCUUUAUUUGGGAUCCCUCUGAUGUUCUUGGUCCUGACAGACAUGGGAGACAUCCUUGCAACUGUCUUAUCCAAAUCCUACAACAAGUUCAGGAAAUUGCAGUCAAAAAUUUUUGCCUCUAAACUCUGUUCUGGAUCCACGUGUAGCAAAAGGAAUGAACUGAAAUCCAGGUCAGAGUCUAAAAUAGUCAUCAGCGAGCCCCUGACCAUUAUGGAACUGCUGAGAAGUCAGUCAGGUAUGAAACCAGUCAAAUAUCGCAACGUGGAACUUUUUGAAAUUCUAAUUGCCAGGGAGAAUGAAAACACACAACCAGCAAGAAAUAAAAGCAUGGAGAGAUGGAGUUCAUGUCCUGAACUAGCCAGGGAAAAGACAGUGUCCAGAGUUAUCAAGAAUUUUGACAAAAUAGGAAAAGAGUUAGAAAAAUUAGAUGUGCCCAUUGUAUUGAUGGUGUUUGUUAUCUUUGUGUACAUCUCCUGUGCAGCUGCUAUUCUUCCAAACUGGGAAAAAAGUAUGGAUUUUCAAGAAGCCUUUUAUUUCUGCUUUAUCACUUUGACCACUAUUGGAUUUGGAGAUACAAAACUAGAACAUCCCAAGUUUUUCUUGUUUUUUUCCCUCUACAUUAUAAUUGGCAUGGAAAUUGUCUUCAUUGCUUUUAAGCUGGGCCAAGACCGUUUAAUUGUCCUGUAUAAAAAGGUGAUUUCAUUUUGUGCAGAGAAAAAUAUGCCAUCAAAGAAGAUAUAUCCAAAAUAAGAGCAGUCAUUUCUCCUUCACUUGUCAGCACUGGCCACUGCAAUGAGAUGAAAUUCUUUCUGUGCAUUUCUGCCUUGGGCUGGCAGAUGCCAUAUUUUAACCUGAUUUCCUCUGAGAAAUGACUGUGAAAUGGCUGAACACCUCUGGAAGCACUUGGUGAAGGCAUCUCCAGGGAAUAUUUUCCAAAGUGGUCCCUUCUGAAUAAUCACAGAUGCUGCAUGAGGAAGAAGCUGAAGGCUCUCCCUGACAUAUUUUGCAAAGCUCUGACUUUCUGCAGCCUUUCUGUCCCCCCUGCCACUGCAAGCCAAUUCAGGAGUUUUGUUUUCAGUUCUUGUCCAAGCAAGGCCCAGUUCUCCUGUCCUGCACCUUCUCUGCAGCCAGGGCCAGCGUGGCUGUGGCUGUCUGUCCUGAGCUGGGACACCUUGCUGCUGCCAUCUGCUCACCAUCAGAGAGAGCUGGGGAGGAGAGGUGUGCCACGGCAAACACCGUGUACAGCUCAGGGAAAUGUUCCAUGGAAAGGAAGGACACCACAUUUUCCCAUCUCUCAGAAACCACUCGGAGAACUGCUGAUCUGCUCAGGGUUGGAACCGCUCCUGCCCCAUCACGACUCGUGGUGACUUUGCUCAGCCUGGAGUCAGUGUGUGUCCCACAGUGUCCCUCUCCCGAGCUGCUCAGGGCAAGUUCUGCUCCUUGGUGGGGUCUGGAGAAGGCACAUGGAAUCCUGGAGUGGCUGCAGCCCUGGAGUGAUGCUCCACGUCCCUGCUGGUACAGGAGCAUGUUGGACACUGACCCCACUCCUCACCCACGUUUCACUCUGCACAGACUGCUCCACUUGACCCACCUGCAGAAGGAGGAGCUCACCUGUUUCACUGAGAUGUGGGGAGGAUCCUGUAAUUAUACAAUUGUGGAGCACAUUAAAAUGAGAAUAUCAUUCUUUCUUCAAGAUUUUGCUUAUAUUAUUAAUAAUUUGAAUUGUCAAUAAUAGCUUUUUGUUAAAACCAAUAACUUAGAAUAAAAAUAUAUAAUUGAUAUAAAAAAACCCACUAACUUUAAUUAACCACCUUUUAACUUGUAGAUGAUAUGCAUGUCCACUAAAUGUGAAAAACUCUAGAUACUAAAAAAUGCUUGAUUAUGACAGAAUGUACAGAAUAUUCUCCAUCAGGAAAUUUACCAGUUGGAGCUGAGAUUUGCAGGAUAUUUAUACAUUCAAG